UCGCGCGCCCCCUCCCCGGGUCCCUUCCGCUGCCCAGGGGGCUUCAAGACGCCGAUUAGAGCAGCUGGAGCGACUUGCGGCUCACUUUCUGAACUUGGUUCCCGUCCUCCUGGUUCCUCCCCGCUGCUAGCCGCCACCAUUCCCCCCCAGCGCGGCUCCGCGGGGUUUCUGGCGUCCUUUGGUCCCCGAACGGCGCGGAGGAAGUGGUCCGUGGUCGUCGCGGUGACUGCCGUCGCAAUGGUCCUGCUGGCUCUGACAGUCGCCGUCCCGUUACUCCUCCUCCGCUCCUCCGACACCUCCGCUCACUACUACGAGAUGAUGGGCACCUGCCGGAUGGUCUGCGAGCCCUACGGACCCAAACCGGGAGGCGCCACCGCCAUGGAGGUGACCCAGAACGGGGUCGCUCCGCCGCUGCCGCCGAUGGCGCAGGGGAGCCGCGGGGAGCCGGGGCGACCCGGGAAGCCCGGACCCAGGGGUCCACCGGGAGAGCCCGGACCCCCGGGUCCGAGGGGGCCACCGGGAGAGCGCGUGGACAGCAAAGUGGGAUUCCCCGCUGUAACGGGAGCUGCCUCAGGGGGAGACACCGGUGAGGCGGACGGAGCCAACUCCACGGCGAGCUUGUACCGGAUCGCCUUCUACGUGGGUCUGAAGAACCCGCACGAGGGCUACGAGGUGCUGAAGUUUGACGAUGUGAUCACAAACUUGGGGAACCACUACGACGCGAGCACCGGGAAGUUCACCUGCCAUGUGUCCGGGAUCUACUUCUUCACCUACCACGUGCUGAUGCGCGGCGGGGACGGGACCAGCAUGUGGGCAGACCUGUGCAAGAACGGACAGGUCCGGGCCAGCGCCAUAGCUCAGGACGCCGACCAGAACUACGACUAUGCCAGCAACAGCGCAGUGCUGCACUUGGACUCGGGAGACGAGGUCUACGUCAAACUGGAUGGAGGCAAAGCUCAUGGAGGCAAUAACAACAAGUACAGCACCUUCUCUGGUUUUAUCCUUUACCCUGACUAAAACCCGCAGCAGCAGGUGCUUGGACUGAAACCUGUAACACCCUUCUCUUCGUUUGCACACUCGUGUCACGUUUACAGAUUCAUCAGCGACUUUAUGCUGUGAUUUAACUAAAUCACCUUUUGUAUAUAACUUGUAUUUAUUUUUUAUUUUAAGUUCAACCGGAGGUUAAUGUCGUCUGUUAUUGUGACGGAUGUUUCAGAGGAAAUUCACCUUCCAGGUGAAGUACGGCACCCCAAAGAUGCCCUGAGAGAAAAUGUUACUGGAGCACUUCGUCAUGAAAGUCACUGGAGGAGAAUAAUACCAGGCCUGAAAAAUUAUUGGUCGUUUUGCUGGCAGACAUUUAUGAAGCGCUGUGUGUAAUAACAGCCAUAUUUCAAAGCAAAUGCAACAAUAGUUAGGAGUAAACAGAAUUUCUGACACACAGUUCUGAGAGUACAGGAUAUUUGGCAUUGUUCACUACUUAAAUAUAAGAAAAAAUUUAAAUUUUUACGUGAUUUUCUCCCCAAAUUGAACUCUUUAUAUAUAUAUAUAUAUAUAUAUAUAUAUCAAGAAAAUUGGCAAAUUUCCACUUGUAGUAUUUAAAUUCACCACAUGAUGGCAGAAUACCUGUAUAGAAUAUGCAAUGUUGAUUUUUUUUAAAGUGAUAGUGUAUAUUUUCCUGGCAAUAGGAGGCAGUCGAUAACUACAUUUUUGCAAGCAAGCUGUAUUUUUGUGUUGCAGUAAGACAUUACCAACAAAUGCCCAUUAGGGUCAAAAAGCCCCGGGGAGUUCAAACUUCAGCAACGAGUGAAGAGGUAAACAUGUAAAACAACAACAUUUAUGAAUGGUGAAAGUUUUGUAAUCGUUUUUUAUUAAUCAGUGAAUGCAUUUUGCCCUCACGGGGUUCCCGUAGAAGGAAACACGGCAUCAAAUAUGGCGUCACCCAGGGACUUAGACCCACUUCAAUGUAUUUUAGACCAGAUUUUUAUGGUUAUAUGUUACGAAGCCGCCAAUAUUUUUCAACAACUGGGCAUCAUUUUAUUCAUUUUCAACAACAUUUUGAUGGAUAUUUCCAGAGAAUAACAAUAAAAACUACACAUUGUCCCUUUAAAGAACAUACUAAUCCUGUCAAAGAUGUAAAGGUCUUUACAGCUUAGAAGUAAUCACAUUAAGUGAGUGAAUUAAGGGUUAAUUUGAAUGAGAUUGAUGCAAUCUGGUUGCCCAUUGAAAAAGAUUCAAUCUGAGAAGAAGAAACAAAAUAUUUUACUGCACUGCCAGCUAAGCAAUUUGUUAGGAUAAAUCCUGAAAGUGCUACAAUUGUUGUUGACAUCCAUAAAAUGCAAUUUUAACCUUUUCUGAUAUUUAAAGUAAAUGAUUUCAGUAGACACGACUAAAUUUAAAGGUAAAUAUUUACUUUUUUUGUAAACAACUGUUUUUGUCAGUGACAAGACUUGCAGCCAACUAGCUGUUAGCCCACUCAUGGCCAAUGGUAAUUGCUUUGUAUUUAGAUAGCACAUUCUAGAGUCCUAGAACCCCCAAGGCACUUUACAACACAAAACUCAUUCCGAACACUCUGACCACCACCAACAGGCGGAGAGUGUAAAUGAUGGAGGAAAAAAGAGGAAAUAUCCUGAUAAGUCAGAAUGCCAAGAAAAAGGUUGUCAGUGUUUUGACUACUUCCACGACAGCAUUCACAGAUGAACCCAGAACAUUCUUUAAUCCUUCACAAUAAGUCUCUCAAACAUCUAAAAUAAAACAAUCUGAAAUAUAAAACUAUUUUGAGCUAGCCUAGAGAUCUAGACAAACCGUAGCAGUAAGAAAAUAUUUUCUCUACAGGUCGGUCUCGCCAUGCUCCAUAGUAGCCUCAGUUGGUCUACCAUUGGCUAGAAAGGUUUUAGGUUGGGCCAGCUCUCAACGUUUGUAGAGAGACAUUAGGCGAGCUUAUUACCAGAGCUGUGAGGGAGAAAAACUUCAAAGACACAUUAAUAAGGUGGUAGCAGGUUGGAAUGAGCAGAGAAUAGGGUUUCAUAAUAUGGCCUGGCCCCUCCUAGACAAGUCAUAACAUGAAUUGGGGGCUCGCCUGGGAUCUGAACCCAGGACCUCUUGCACCCAAAGCAAAAAUAAAACUUCUAUGGCAAAGACGUCUGAAACGUCAUCUUUGGAUGAUUUAGACUUGGGCUUUUUUUGAGACAUGAGCAGAUAGAGGUACUUAAGUCCUUUAUUUAAAAAAAAGGAUGCAUUUGAUUCUUUAACCAUGUAUUUGACUGAAUUCUGUAGUGUUGAAGAAGGUUGUCCAUUGCUCUGAUUGGUUCUAGCGCUAUUCCAAAGCAUACAAAGACAGUUUGAAAGUUGCCCAUAGAUUCAGCCCCACGACUUAGUUCUGUCUAUGCAUCGUGGCAAGACUAUAUUUACAUGAUUCACUGGCUUGCCAGGCUAAGUUUAGGCUUCACCAGAGUACAUUAAUUAAAAACAGAAAAUAGUAUUUCACCUUUUUUUCUCAGUAUGGUAUUUGGACUUUUUUUCCUCAUUAUUUCCUGUUAAAGCUACAAUGUCAAAUCUUUAAAGACGUUAGCUUAAAACACAUUUUCAUGCCUCUUAACAAUGUUCUAUAGCUAUAAAUGUAUUGUGGUGAUACAAAAUUGAAUAAAGUGGGUCUCUCUCAUUUGUCUAAGAACCUUAGCCAAUAACACAUCUCAGACCGAAACCAACUACUGGACCAUGCAGUUGUCGAACCGCUGACUUCCCUGGGUCCUCCAUUCAUUACACACUUGUGUAUUUAUCAACAGAUCACCACUGGUGGGGGAGGUUCUCCACUCAUUAAUGUCAGAGAAGGAGAAACAGCCGGCUACAACCACUUAAAUUUUAGGACAAACUACCAGAGUCCCUAAAAGAAAACCACCAUUUGAAGACACGGACAACAAAAUAUGUUUAGACCUAGAAAACAAUAACGUAUUUAGCGCCAUUUCAUUUUCUGUGGCAAUGCAGGUUUCUAGUAUCAUGCAAACGUGUUUUAGGUAUGAAAACCGACGGGAAGGGUGAGAGUUCCGUCAUCGCGUUUUAGGUUUAAAAGCUAGCUUGUUUAGCAGAUUUGCUAUUGCAGCUUUAAAUAUUGACACUCAUGAAAAGGCUUUAAUUUUAACGGUUUAAGUUUGUUAUUGUUAUUACAUUAAAAAAUUAUACCACUUGUGUUCAAAAUACCAGACAACACUGAUGUGCAUGCAUGUUAGCGGUUAGCUCUAAGGCUAGCAUAGCUAAGCUGCCAGAGUUUACCACCUGGCUUUGUUGUUGAAAGGUCAAUUGAAGUUUUAGGGAACGGCUACAAAACCAAACAAAUUCUCAAGAAGAGGGUGAGAUGUGGUCUGCUGCUGUUACGUCUUGUACAAUUUAUGUUUAGUUUUCUAGUCAUGCUAGCAAGCGAAAAUAGGACAAAGUUCCAUCCAUUUUAAGUCCACCCAAAAGAAACUGAAAGACGCAAAUAAAGAUAACUAAAACAUUUAUAUUCCACAUUUAAAGUCUUUGAACUGUUUUGUUUCAGCGUAAAAUCUAAGAUCUAACAUGAAAUAUUUGCUAAAAAAAACUGCUUAGAAAAUAUGUUUCAAGUGUAUAAAAAUCCACAAUUAUGAGUAAAAUAUUUAAAAAUAUCACAGCUCUAAGUAAAAAAUUCCAAUAUAUGACAAAAAAGAUUUUCUGCAUUUUAAUUCUAAUCAGGAAGAUGGGAGAAGCUCUAAAUGGUUUGUUAUAGCAUGCUGCUUUGUGUUUUGGUCAGUGUUUCACCCAACUACACUGAAUCUGUUGUUAUAUUCUGUUUUUAAUUUUGUUUGCCUAUAUGCUAAUAAAUAUUGUUUAAAAGAUU